GCGUUUACACCCAUGCGUCUGUGUGUGCAUAAACAGGAAGUUCUCCAAUAUCAUCACUCGUCGGCGAAAGAUACACAGAAACAUAAAAACAACUAUUUAGUUGGAUUAAAUUACCGGUUUGAUAUAAUUAUCAUUAUCUGACUUAUAUUUCUUCGUCAGACAAUCAAUUGAAAUCCUAAAUCUGUCAAAAAAUUGCUUUUGACCUGCCUAGGCCGAGUCGAAUGUAGCGUAACACCGUUUCCGUCCCUCAGUCGCCGAUCGCCGAUCCUUCGCGAGUACAUGCUAGGCCUAGGUAGGAGGCUAGUCCUACUGAUCUAGCCGUUAGCUAUUUAACAUUUAUACGAUAUUCACGGUCUAAAUAGUGAUUGCAGUAAAUGGCCAAAAUGGUGUAAUAUGUUUUUAAGUAGAUAUUGUGUGUCGGAUGUCUGAUAAACAUAUGCCACUCACUCAGCUCAGUUUGCAGUAAUAAAACAAAUAUUAUUAGCAUUGUGAAUAAUCAUGAUGAGUGGUAGAAGGCAAAACUCCACUCCCAAUUAUCUUCAGAUUGCAAAAAUAGAAGACUCCACACAGAAAAUAGUAGAGUUGGAUGAAAAACUGGAACAAGAACAAAAGGACUUGUCUUUUAUUCGUGAAAACCUUGACAAGAGCAAUCAACUCACUCGCAAUAUGGUUAGUAUCUUGUCUUCAUUUGAGAGUCGACUCAAGAAACUGGAAGAAACCAUUCUUCCUGUCCAUAAUGAAACCGUUGCACUUCAACAUUUACAAGCAAAUGUGGAGAAGUCUCUAAAGGCCUUUGAUGAAGUACUGACCUAUCACAAUGUUGUCCGUGAUGCAGAGCAGUUUAUCAAAGAGGGGGCAAGCGGAAGGAUUGAAGAGUAUCUGGCAAAGAUGGGAGAAAUCCAGGAAGCAAGGGAAUACUUUAGGCAAAAUAAUCCCGGAAGUCCUGAACUUUCUAAAGCUACAUCACAGUUUAAUAUGGGAAAAGAAAGCCUUCAGAAUGAGUUUCGCAGCAUGUUGAAUCGUCACAGUAAACUGGUCCCAGCAAUCAUGAUCCUGGACUUAAUCGAAGGUGAUGAGGAUUUUCAAGAUGAGGGCGCCCCUCCUUUUGAACACCUUCCUGAAAAGGCAGUACAAGAAUUGUCAAUGAUUGCCAAGUGGUUACAAGGUCCGGGUGAAUCAUCUGAUUAUAUUGACGUGUAUCAUGCAAUCCGUGCUAGCGCUCUCAAGAGGUCCAUUGAAGGCAUGAAAGACCAUCUCAUGAAGAAAUCUGGAGGAUCAGGCUCAUCGGGUCAUGCAAUGGCAUCACCAAUGAGUUCAAAAGGAAAAGCAAAAGAUCCAACAAAGCGUUCGUCACUUGUCAAACCGGUGAUGAAAAAAAGCCCAGCCUAUUUACUUAUCGCAAGUUUUGAGUCAGCAAAGCGACAAAAUGCGUUGACUAGUACAGCUACUGAUAUGAGAGAAGAAGGCAGCAUGGAUAUUGAGACGGAACAAUUUAUUCUCAGUAUUCUUGCUUUACUAAAACUUAUUCAGAGCGAGGCAUUGCUGAUGAACUCCAUAAUACCGUAUGAACAUCAUCGCAAAACAUUUGACAAAAUUAUUGACAGGUCAAUGGAAAUGGUGGCUCAGGAUGGAGAGAAUAUAAACACCAAUGCUAAGCGGGCUAUUGGGAAGCAUGAUUUCUCAGCAUUAUUAUCAAUAUUUCCGGUCUUAAAACAUCUCAAUGCUUGCAAAGCAGAAUUUGAUGAACAGUUAAUGGGCACAGCACCUUCUACAAGACUCAAGCUUCCUGAUUUGACACGUAGCCUUCAGCAGACAGGAUCCAAGGCCCUGGAUGAGUUCUUUGAAAUAGUGAAGAAUGAUCCAGAUAAGUCAAACAUGCCUAGAGAUGGCACGGUUCAUGAGCUCACCAGUAAUGCAGUCAUCUUCAUGGAAAAUCUUCAGGAAUUCAUUGACACAACAUCGUCUAUGCUGUCAACACAAAAAGAUGCAAUAUUAUCAAGAGGGAGUGAUGACACAGCCAAGAAGAAAUUGGUUGCAGCAUAUAUUGCAAAAGUACUUGGAGCUCUGGGUCUCAACUUAGAUCAGAAAGCCAAGACUUACAAUGACCAAUAUCUUGGUGCCAUCUUCCUACUCAACAACUACCAUUAUCUUCUCAAGUCUUUGCAAAGAUCAGGUUUAAUCCAACUUGUAAUGUGCUUCAAUCCAGAUGUGGAAAGUCAUUAUGAGCAAAUCAUUAAAGAUCAAAAGGUGGAAUACACAAAAAGUUGGAGCCGUGUAAUUACUCAAAUUCAUGAAGCUAGUCGACCACCAUUUUUACUUGAGCGUGAAGCCGGAGGCCGACUGAAAGAUCGCGAGAGACAACAUAUCAAGGAUAAGUUUAAGGGUUUUAAUACGGAACUUGAAGAUUUGUUCAAAGUCCAAAAGUGCUACGCUGUUCCAGACGAGCAGUUGCGAAAAAUGCUAAGAGAAGAAAAUAAAGCAACUGUAAUCAACGCCUACAGAACAUUCAUGGAAAGAUACGCAACAACAAACUUCACCAAAAACCCAGAAAAAUACAUCAAAUACCAUCCUGACCAGGUGGGCAGUAUGAUUGACAAAUUCUUUGAUGUCACUGCAUAAACGAUGGUUGUUGCAUGGGCGGCUGAUUACAAUGGUGGCUUAGGUGGGGCACGUGAUCGGAAAAAAUCUUGACGUCACCGCGUAAACAAGUGAGUCUGAUUACAAUGAUGAAUUGGGGGGUGGGGGCAGUAUAAUUAACAAAUUCUUUGAUGUCACUGCAUAAACAGUGUUGAUGAGCUACGAUAGUUGUUACAUGGAAGACUGAUGACCAUGGUGGUUGCUUAGGUGGGCCGCAUGAUAGACAAAUCCUUGACGUCCUGUAAACAAGUGUGAUGACCUGUGAUGAUGAGCCUGAUUAUAGUGAUGAUUUACAGGGGCAGUAUGAUCAACAAAUUCUUUUCGACGUCACCAAGUAAAUAGUUGUGAUGAGCUACAACGAUCGCUGCAUGGCUUUUUAUUCAAAAUUGUAUAUAAGUCAGAGUACCGUUCGUUCACAUCAAAAAAAAAAAAUCAGAUUACUAAAUAUUGCUACAUGGUUCUUAAGCUCUUUCUAGAUUAUCAAAUUUUCUUUAGACAAAAAACUGUUGCAUGACCGUAUAUAGUUAUGAUAUGACCAUAUAUAGUUAUGAUAUGACCAUAUAUAGUUAUGAUAUGACCAUAUAUAGUUAUGAUGUGCCUAUAUAUGGUCAUGAUGUGAUGUCAUCAUGACCAAAUUUUGGCAUAUCACAUAUUUUUGUCCAAAAAAAUUUGAUAUUCUGGACACAGCUUUAUUUAGUAGGUAGUAUGAUUCAAUUUGUUGACGUCGCCAUAUAAAUAGUUGUGAUUGUUGCAUGGGUGACUGAUUAAAAUACUACGUAAGUAUUCAAUAUUAUGUCACAGUACUGUUCAUUUAUCUGAAGAAGAUGUCAGGCGAUAAAUUCUUAUACAUGUAGCAGGUUGUGUAGUGAACAAAGAAUUUAUUAUAAAUUGGCAUAAGAAAAUAUGAUAUUAAACAUUAUGUUGCAUAUAUUUUACAAAUUUUUAUUUGAAAAGAUGAGGAAUCGGUGAUGAUAUUCUCUUCCACUCUUUCUCAUAUUUCUCCAUGGUGUAACCAUAGCAAGAAAUUUAUCGUGAUAUCACAAGUAACAUAUGUGCACUAAUUAUCUGUUAUAUAUAUAUAUAUGUCAUGUUAGUUAACUCUGAUAGUGCACACUUAUUUGCUUAGUAUCACAUUUGAUGUUUGCAUUACUUAGUUUAUAACAUCAGUUAUGUGCUUAUAUGAUGAUACAAGGAAAGAAUAAUAAACUGUCUGAUGAAGGAAUACACCAAUGGCCUGUCUUGUUAGUCACCAUUUGUUAUUUGAGAUAAAAUAACCUUUUGUGGCUCUUUCUGCUAAGCCCCGCCCCUUGGAUACUGUUGCUAAGGUCCGACAAACCAAUAGGGAGCUUUCGAUUUGUGCAACGACGCGACGCUAAAACGGAAUCACUCAUGCGUGACUGUCCUACAUGGCGUCCUACGUUCUCUGUAUAUGUAGAUUUGACCAAAUUGCGUUCCGGAAUCUACUCGACGAGGUGACCUUAACAUUCUCGCAUGCGCAGAUGAAUUUUAGUGACGUCACUACGUUCUACGUCCUGCCGUCAUCAUUCAAUCGAAAGCUCCCUAAUAGCACGUCUGGACGCGUGUAUUCUUGGCCCUGUCCUGAUUGGUUAGUUAAUAAGAUUGAUUGACGCUCCCAUAAGGUCCAUGUAUAUGGGUAGACUACAGGUAUUUGCAACAUAUAACUUGAUACAAGUAUGGACAGAGAUUUAUGAAAGAUUUUAUUGAUAGUGUAAACAGUAUGUAUGAUCCAUCAGAAUAAACAAAUAUUAUAAACAUAAA